AUGCACCGGGUCGAACGGACAGCCGAGCUGGCGAUGGGCCCAGUCUUCCUCGCCGCCAUCUCGUCGAUCAUCGCCGGGCUGCCGAUGCUGCUCUGCAAGACGCACGCCUUUUUCCAGGUCGGCGUCUUCCUCGUCGUGUCGAUGUCGGUCUCCUGGGUGUUCGCUAACUUUUUCUUCGUCCCCCUGCUCACGCUGACGCUGUCGCGACGACAGCCCUGCCAACAGUGCCACGACAAGGAUUUCCAAAUGGUCCCCCGAUAU